AUGAAAUUACGUCCAUUAACUGUGCCCGACCUAAAUAAGCUUGAAAAAUCAUUAUCGGAGACGCUAACCAAGUUUUACCCUUUUGCUGGAAGAUUUAGAAAAGAUAUUGAUCCAUUUUCCAUCGACUGCAAUGAUGAAGGUAUUGAAUAUGUUCGAACCAAAGUCAAUGCAGACGAUCUUGCCCAAUAUCUCCGUGGUCAAGCCCAUAAUGAUAUUGAGUCAUCUUUGAUUGAUCUUCUUCCUGUAAUGGAUCGUCUACCAUCAAGUCCAUUAUAUGGUGUUCAAGUGAAUGUAUUCAAUAACGGAGGAGUAACCAUAGGAAUACAAAUUUUACAUAUUGUAUCUGAUGCUUUUACUUUAGUAAAAUUUGUAAAUGAAUGGGCGCACACUACCCUUACAGGGACGAUGUCACUAGAUAAUCCCGGUUUUGGUCAAUUGCCAUGGCUAUUUCCAGCAAGAGCGCUACCGUUUCCAUUACCUGAUCUCAACACUACUACUGCCCCUAAUUAUAAGAAUGUUACAAAGAGGUUUCUCUUUGAUGCUUUGGCAAUAGAAAACCUCAGAAAAACAAUCAAAGACAAUGACAUGACGAUGAAGCAACCCUCUAGAGUGGUGGUCGUGAUGUCCCUAAUAUGGAAGGUUGUUACACACAUUUCUUCCGCCAAAAACAAUGGAAAUUCAAGGGACUCAUCUUUAGUAGUUGUUGUUAAUUUGAGGGGAAAACUGUCAUGUACUGCACCCUCUUUAGAACACGUUGUAGGGAAUUGUGUAAUACCAGCAAUUGCUAACAAGGAGGGCGAUGAGGCAAGAAGAAAGGAUGAUGAGUUGAAUGAUUUUGUAAAGUUGGUAGGAAAUACAAUACGGGACACAUGUGAAGCCAUUGGUAAGGCGGAAAGCGUUGAUGAUAUUUCCUCUCUAACUCUUAACAAUCACACAAAAGGUGUAGAAAAACUUCUCCAAGGAGACGAGAUGGACUUUUAUUUGUGCUCUAGUUGGUGCGGAUUCCCUUGGUAUGAAGCUGACUUUGGUUGGGGAAAGCCAUUCUGGGUGAGCUUCGUUAGUUUUGGUCAUCAUGGAGUAAGUAAUCUGAUGGACACAAAAGAUGGUGAUGGAAUACAAGUAACAGUUUGUUUGAAGGAGAAUGACAUGAUUGAGUUUGAGAGAGACACUCACAUUUUGUCCUCCACUUCAAAACUAGCAUUCCAUUCCUUUGGAUAA